AUGGUUUUUGCCCGUUACUUAAAAGCCAAAUUACCAAUUACGUAUUUCGGGGAACCUUACCAUUUCGGCAUAAAAUUAAAAACUUUUUGCAAAUUAUCGAACUUAUUUAAUUCCAAAUGUAAUAAUUUAUUCGCCGCCAAAUUUACGAAAUUUACCGGUUGGCAAUUAAAAACAUGCACCGUUGCUUUGCUUACAUUAUCGAAACCGUUAAGCAAUAAACGGGCUAUACGGAAUACAAAGUCGCCCAUACCGAGCAAAGCAAGCAAAAACCCUUUUCGCCGGCACGGAGCAAUUUUUAUAAUUAAUUCCGUUUUAUUUAAAUUACCCCCCGUUUUCGACGGAAAAAAAACGGAAUUUAAAAAUUGUUUUUACUUUAAAAAAACCGUUUUAUGCGUCCACGUAAAAAAAGCACGGAUGCUAAAAACCUACGGACUUUCCAAUACUUGGAACGUUUAUUUUGGGUUCCUGGCCAAUACAUUUUACAAUUUUAACGAAAAACGUACAAAUUCCAUUAAAUUAAACGAUUUCAAAUACAAAAAUAACAUCGUCGGGUUUUUUAUAAAGCUAACCCAAUUUAAUGCAAUAAUUAAAUUAACCGGUACCCGCUUUAAAAACUUUGUUAAAAAAAAAUUCCUUAACGAAAUAAGCCGUUUUUCCAAAAAGCCGGCAUUACAUACAAGCUUAUAA